CUUACCUGGUUUACCAUCCCAACAGGUAAGCACCCGAGAGCUGAGACGCAAAGACGAUGAGAUGAAGAACAUCCGGGUCCAUGCCCUCCUCCAUGUGGGGGCCAUCAUUGCUGUGGACAUCUUCUUCCACUUCUUCUACAUCCUCACCCUCCCUUCUGAUUUGAAGUUCGUGAACCGCCUCUCGGACUGGUCCUUGGCUGGCUUGGCCUACUCCAAUUUGGUGUACGACUGGGUGAAAGCUGCUGUCAUGUUUGGAGUCAUCAACACUAUUGCUAGACUGGACCACUUGGACCCACCCCAGCCCCCAAAAUGCAUCACCAUGCUCUACGUCUUCGCAGAAACGCAUUUUGACAGAGGGAUUAAUGACUGGCUGUGCAAGUACGUGUAUGACCACAUUGGAGAGAACCAUGACAACAUCAUGAAGGAGCUCAUGGCCACAAUCGCCACCUUUGCCGUCACCACCCUGUGGCUGGGGCCCUGUGAGAUCGUUUACAUCUGGUCCAUCUUCAACUGCUUUGGUCUUAACUUUGAGCUCUGGGUGCAGAAGUUCUUCCAGCAGGGGCCCUUUGCCAAACUGGAGUCCAAAAUGUCAGCGGCCAUGUCUCGGCGGAUUAGGGCAGCUUUUGGUGCAGUAAAUUUCUGGGCCAUCGUCCUCUACAACAUCCUUGCCCUCAACAGCCUGGAGUUUGCAUUGCUGGUCACCAGGAGACUCCUUCUGAUUGGUUUCCCUGUCAGCACUUUGUCCAUCUGGUUCAUCACAUACUGUGGAGUGCAGCUGAUCAAAGAGCGUGAGCGCAUCCUGGCUAUCGAGGAGGAGAAGUGUGACAAAGCAAAGGUGGAGUAGAGGGAGGCAUCAACCAGCUUGUCCCAAAGCUUCAUCUCCCCUCCAGCCACCACUGCUGGGCCAGCCACUGGCAAGGGCUCUCCAAGCACUCCUGGCACUCGGACUGCUGUAGCUCAUCCAUGUAGAAGUCACCUGGAAGGCACAGGUCACCCUCUUGCUUCAGGAAAGAUUUUCU